AUGAAGGUUCAGAGCAACUUAGAAUUGCAUGAGCAAUCUGAUUUAUCAAAGGGAGGAGACAGCCAUGCUGAAAGUGACUCCAAUAUGAAAAGAGUUGUUGUAGCUGCAGAAGAGAAAAUAAAAGAAGAAAUAGCUAACAACUUCGACAUCAACAGCAGCUUAAAAGCUAUUCGUAUAGUAGACGUGGGGUGCUCCUAUGGAACAACUACGAUUCUAGCGGUGCAGAACAUCAUAGAAGCCAUUAAAUCAAAAUACAAAUUGAGAGGACUCGAAGAUCAAAUCCCGGAAUUCCAAGUGUUCUUCAACGACCUUCAAUCAAAUGAUUUCAACACCCUUUUCAAAAUACUCCCUCCCAAUAGGGAAUAUUUUGCGGCUGCACUACCCGGUACAUUCUACAAACCAUUACUUCCCAAGGAGUCUCUGCAUGUUGUUCACUCUUCUAAUUCCUUAAAUUGGCUCUCUGAGAUUCCAAGAGAGGUUCAGGAAAGUACUUCUCCGGCAUGGAAUAGAGGGAGAAUUCAUUAUAUAAAUGCACGUAUGGAAGUCAUGGAGGCCUACGCAGCUCAAUAUGCUAAGGAUUGGGAAACGUUCUUGUGUGCUAGAGCUCACGAUGUUGCUGUUGGUGGGCUAAUGGCAUUGCUUGUUCCUGUAGUUCCUGAUGAGGUUGAUCUCAGCUCUGAGACUCUUACUGGUGGAGAUUUCCUUAUUUUUGAAUCUUGCCUAAUUGAAAUGGUCAUGGCGGGAGUAAUCAAUGAAGAACAAGUGGACUCCUUGAAUCUGGGCUUUUACUUCUCAAGUCCACAGGAAUUAAAUGGCAUCGUCCAAAAAAAUGGGCUUUUCAGCAUCGUUAGCAUGGAAAAAUUGCAUAGUCUUCACUCAAGUAGUGUCCCACUGGAAAAACGUACAUUGAUUUUAAAAGCUGGACUUGAAGGGAUAUUCGAACGUCACUUUGCAAGUGAUGAGGUCGUGGAUGAGAUUUUUUAUCGUUUCUCUAAGAAAGUUGUAGUUUCUUCAAUUCAUUUACAUCCAGAGAACAAUAAAAUGUUGGUCCUGUUUCUUCUUCUUAAGCGCAAGCCAUGA